AUGGCAGUGAGCGGUGCAGUGUCCCGAGUACUCACGCCGCCCAGACCCUACCCCACACACACGGGCAGAGAUGUGGGUCAUAGUGGACAGUUUCCAGCCCAGCAACAAAUACAAAACAACAACAACAACAACAACCCACCAGGAAAACCUAAAGAGGAAGACCGUUCUUGUGACAGAGACGGAAGGGGUGUGACCAGGGACUCAGGAGGGAGUGUAGAAGAUACGGGGGAAAGGUCAGGACUGGGGGUCAAGCUUCGAGGUUCUGAGAACGGAGAAGUGUGGGGAGGUGGGGGCAAUGGGGGAGGUGGGGGCAAUGGGAGAGGUGGGCACAUUGGGGGAGAGGUUGGCAGGGACAUUCGCGAUGAGAAACGAGCACAAGUGACAGGCGGUGACGUCACCAGACGUAAUGGAGAGGACGUCUGGCGAGACAGACGUGAGACCCUGCAAGCACUGACCGUUGUGACGUCACAUGGCGGGGCGGGCGGCAGGAGGGUGUCUUUUGAUGAUGAAGUGGGCGGUAGGAGGGUGUCUGGUGGGGCGGGCGGCAGGAGGGUGUCUUUUGAUGAUGAAGUGGGCGGUAGGAGGGUGUCAUUUGAUGAAGAAGCAGGCGGCAGGAGGGUGUCUGGGCAGAGUGCUACAGGCGGGUUUGGGUCUCAGUCCGGAUCAGGGUCAGGGUCAAGGUCAGGUGCAAAGUCAGGGUCAGGGUCAAAGUCAGGACUAAAGUCAGGAUCAAGUCUUGGGUCAAAGUCAGGGUCAGGGUCAGGGUCAGAUUCAGGGUCAGGACUAGGUUCAAGGUCGGGGUCAGGGUCAGGACUACCGUCCCCAAAACGUGUGGAGUUCCAGCUGGGCGGGGACGCGGACAGCGAUACUGAUGACGUCACGGAACAGACUGGCAGGAGGUCGAGUCUGACAGAUGUGACGUCACGUCAGCAAAUGUGGCCACAGGUUGAACAACAGUUCGCCGAGAAGACGACGACCAAGUUUUCACCUCGCAGAAGUCUGUCCAGCCCAGCCCCUGACAUCACUCGUGACGCGAGCAUGAUGUCAGUCAACACAAACGGAGGACGUCAGCCCGCUUCGCCCACUGCGAAUCAUCAGCCAAUGACAGGCCAGGGAGUGGCAGGAUCCGCCAAGGCGGCGCGGAGUGAAGGUAGAAAUAAUACAAAGGCUCCGCCCACAACGAAUCAUCAAACAAUGGCAGCUCAAACUAUCCGGAGUGGGCAUGGCGAUGGCAGAAAUAUGCAGGCUCCGCCCACAGCGAAUCAACCAGUGGCAGCUCAGGCUGUCGGGACGAGGCGGGGCGAUGGCAGAAAUAUGCAGGCUCCGCCCACAGCGAAUCAUCAACCAAUGGCAGCUGAGACUAUCGGGAGUGGGCGGGGCGAGGAUGAGGUGGUCAUUCAGCGCCACCUGACGGCGGAGGAGAUAGAGGAGUGCCUGGGAAACGUGGUGCCUUCCCGCCGUCCGACGCAUGACGUCACUGCCGAGCCGCGCUGUGAGUGGACAAUCGUAGCAGACGAGACGCGGGACGACAUGCCAGAUGUUGGCGGGAAAAAUCGCAGGUUCUGGAGAAAUCAGGCGGAGGGGGAGGAUCCAGUUCGAAUCCCAGGAGGCGGUGGAUGGGGAAGGACUGCAACACGGGCAGGAGGCGAGAACAACAUGGGGUGA